AUGACUGAAGCUACCGAAACUACGAGACUACACAUCGCACCUUUCACCCCGGAAAUCCUUCCAUCCGUGCUACCAGCAUCGAUCCGCAACUUGGCCACAGACGUCUCCUUCCACGAGAUCGCUACGUUCCCAGAGAACAACUACGGAUACGUCACUUUGCCGAAAAUGGAAGCCGAAAAGAUCAAGAAGAAGCUCAAUGGGUCAAUGCUCAAGGGAAAGAAAUUUAAGGUCGAGUCUGCUCGCCCGCAGAAGAGACAUCGAGAAUUGGAAGACCCAGUGCCCGAAGCCGACAGCUCUAAGAAGAAGUCUAAGAAAUCCAAAAAGCAAGGGCCAGAGGAUGGUGUGGUGGAGGGCUUCGAAUUGCCCGAGGGCCGCAAAGUGAAGAGAGGUUGGACGGAGUCGAACGAUGCCAAGCAGGAACGACGCAAGUCCGAAAAGAAGGGAAAGAAAGAGAAGGAAGCCAAAUUACAACCCAAGUCAAAGUACACCGACAAAUCCGAAUGUCUCUUCCGAGCAACACUCCCACCCAACCGCGCAGCCGAUGCCGCCGACGAUAAGAAGGCAAAGAAGAAGAAGUCCAAGGAUAACGUGGUCCACGAGUUUACCAAGCUCACAACCCAGCCAAGCUUCCUGCGCACAGCCCAAGAAAGCGCACCGCCUACAGCGACAUUCGAGGAAGGAAAGGGCUGGGUGGAUGCCGAUGGGAACCUGAAAGAGCCAGCAAACGACAAGAUCAAAAAAGAUAACAAGCGACCUGGUCAGGUUGCAGGCGCCAAGGAAAAGCACCGAGCAACGAAGUCUGCCGACAAGAAGAAACAAUCGCGCAAGGAAAAGACCCCAGAAGAAUCUUCGGAGUCUGAAGAUUAUACUUCAUCAAGUGGAUCAUCCGCCGAAGAGAGCAGCGACUCUGAGAGUGAAGAUGAUGAACCCCCCAAAGAUGCAUCGAUGUCUUCGGAUUCCGAGCAGGAGGAGCAGGAGCAGGUACAGGCGAAGCAACAGACACCUCAAGAAGAGGCCGCAGAACUUUCAGAAGCCAGUGAGCCAGAAGCCGAAGCCGAGUCAACUACAUCAGACUCCCAAGAGGCUACUUUAGAGACCACACAGGCGGAGGAUCUGCCCGCCAAAGAAGUCCACCCAUUAGAGGCUCUCUUCAAGCGUGCUGCCCCCGCGGCAUCGGAUGACCAGCCAAAGGCGGAGCCCGAGGCAGGCUUCAGCUUCUUUGGCAAUGACAUUGAGUCCGAGGAUGAGCAGUCCGAACCGCAGCCGCCGUUCACACCUUUCACCAAGAAUGACCUGCAAAAUCGUGGUCAACGAAGUGCAGCGCCCACUCCUGAUACCGCUGCAGCCACCCGCCACACCAAGUGGGAUGAGAGCGAAGACUCGGAUGACGCUGAAAUCGACAGCCCUGUGAAAGCUCGCACGGGAGACGACAACGGCGAAACAGAAUUCGCCAAGUGGUUCUGGGAGAACCGGGGUGACAACAACCGCGCUUGGAAGAAGCGGAGACGUGAUGCCGCCAAGGAGCAGAGACAGAGAGAUAACCGGAAGAAGGGACUGAAGGGAAGGUCAUGA